UUUGUUCUCGUCCCAUUAUUUUUGAUCCUAAUAAUUGCAUGCGUUUAUUCUAGUUCCAUUGUUUUAAACCCUAAUAAUUGCAUUAUUGUAUGAAUCAUAUUUUGAUUAAUUUUUAAAUUCCGUAUAUAUAUGGAUAUUAACUCUUUUUUUUCCUAUGAUCUAAUAUGUUUAUUCCAUUAUUGUGUUUUGUUCACAUGUACGUUUAGGAUGCUGCUGCCAUCCGGAAUUGCCAGAAUGAUUCCAUCUCAAAGAAUUCACUUCACGCUAACACUACAUGACAGUCAAAAAGUCUCGUCAGUCGUUAGUGACCUUUAAUUGAUUGACCGAAAAGAUGUGUGUUUUGCAGGCGUCUGGCCGCCACCCCUGUGUGUGCCCACCCCCCCUCCCCUCCCCUCCUCUCCGUGUUCCGUGCGUGGUUACCGAGCGCCGGCCACAGCGCUGGAGCCGCGACGCUCCAGCAUGGACGUGCCCAGGAUGGCCGAGGGCCUAUUCAGUAGCACGCUGUCGUCGUCCGGCGGCGGCCACCAGGCGGCGUCCUACCUGUCACUGGAGCAGAAGGUGGCCUUCAUCUUCGUGUUGCUACUCUUCAUCUUCCUGGCGCUCCUCAUCGUGCGCUGCUUCCGCAUCCUGCUGGACCCCUACCGCAGCAUGCCCUCGUCCAACUGGACCGACCACACUGAGAAGGACACCUUCGACUAUCGCAUUGUCUAAGCCGGGGGUUCUCAAACUUUCGGGGUCCAGCCGAGAGAGAGAUUUGACUCCAAAUCUUAGCGCCCUACGAAAUGACGUGCGAAUUACAUUGAAGCCCAGGAAAAAAAAAAUCCUUAAAUCUAAUUAUUUCUUCAGGAUUCAAAGUUUAAAAUUUUAAAUGAGUCUGACUUUAUGGGCAUAAAAAAAUAAUCUUUCAAAAAUGAAACUAUUUUUUUCCAAUGUAACAUUAUAAUAUUAGAUUAGUCCAAGUUUAAUGAUUUUCAGCCAGUGAAUUUCAAAGAUACACAUUUUAUUGAUUUUUCUAUAUGUAUUUUAUGCUGUGAAACUCACCUUUAACAAGACUAUACUCUAAAUUCCAGAAAAACUUUAUUCCCGUCAUUACAAAGCUCUCUGAGAGACCGUCAAUUACUCGUCACUAUUCACAGCGAGGCUCAAAUUCACCUUCUGAAAAUAACAUAUUCAAAAAAUCUAUUGCUUCUGGACCCCCCCAGUUUGAGAACCACUGGUAUCGCCUUGAAAAUGGCUUCCCUGAGUGGACACCCCCCCUUUCCUCCUCCCUCGUCCUCCAUUUGUGGACUACCUCGUUCCGCCUUCUUGUGUGUGGACGUCUUAACAGGGUCAAACAGAGUUUACAUGCCAGCGUCUUUGCUAGAUUUAGACAAUCAGUGUUGUUCCGCCCACCCGAGUAGUCGACCUCCUCCAAGGCUUCUUCACGCCUUCUUCUUCUUCUUGGAGCGCUCCCUUUAACGUAAACCCUUUGAACAUUGGCGGUGGCCAUGUUGGACCCAAAGUUGAGAGUGAGUGCUGUACCGUGUGCCUCCACAUGUUGUCCCGUGUGGUUUUCGUCACGUGACGUGCGUGUUCCUCAAGCAGGGUCACUGCCGGCACUUGGUAGGUGGACGGCGGCAAUGUCGGUUGUCUCCGUCCUCCCGCCAAAGCCUUCGCCAAAUGACGCCAUGGCCUCUCCGUCAUCUGUGCGCCUUACAGCAGAGGUGGGGGACUCCAGUCACAUGACUUGACUCCAGUCGAGUUUUACGACUCGGCUAAAACUUGCCAUUCAUGAGACUUGACUUGGGUUGGAUUGGAACUGUUGAGUUCAGUUGAGGGAUUUUGGAUUAUUUGGAUUAUUAUUGGAAUUUUUUACAUUUGGCGAUUGUGAAAAAGCAAAAGGUACGAGACAAAAACAAAAAGACAUCUUACUUCAUCGACCGCU